ACCCAAUGUUCACCAGAAUGCGGAAUAUCAAACAUGAGCACAGGCAACCCAUACAAUGCCGGGUAUAACCAGGGACCAACAACUUACCACUCCUGGCCGCCAGGCUACCAACAACAUGCAGGCGCUAAAGUGUAUGGUUCUACACCAGUUGUCACUAAAAGACCUCCACCAACAAAUUGGCUCUGCCCAGCCAUAUUUUCCUUUUUGUGUUUCUUUUUGCCCUUAGGAUUGGUUGCGAUCUUCUACGCAUGGGAGGCAAACCAGAGGGUAGAGAGGCAUGAUUUGCGUGGUGCGGAACAAUCUGCCUCUUGUGCCAAAACGUUGACGUUAACAUCAGUUUUCAUCGGAGUCGUGACGGUGGGAGCUAUUCUAGCCUUGUAUUUCACUGGUGUAUUGACAGUUCAACAGAAAAUCAACCAUCUCCCGUAAAAGAAACUGCGAUUGGAAAUCAAAUAGAUAUACAUGUAUUUUCACUUCCAAAACACAUUUGGAGGUAUUGACUAUUUAUAGUAACAGUUGCCAUUAUUCUGCUUACAUUUAGAGAUUGGAUCCAUAUACAUGUAUUAAGUGUAAACAUUUAGCCUUUUCAGAAGUAACUUUCCCAUGACCAAGUGAUACUUUUAACAAUGUUUAUCAAGCAUUUAAUAUAUGAAAACACUCUCUAGAAGUCUGAAAAUUAUUUACAAACUAUGAAUAUAUGGCAAAACACAUAUUUACAUCUAUCCUCUCUUUAAAAUAUGAAACACAACUCGUAAGAGGUUUAGUGAUACUUGUGUCAAACAAUCUCUAGAUAGAAUCAACACAUCUUAUUGAUCAAUUAAAAUGAUGAAUAAAGAAGACAGGAAUGUUU